AUUUAAGUUGGUAAUAACGGUGUCAAAUUCGACCCCAGUCGGUCGUCGCAAGAUGUCGUUGCGUACGCGUUCCCUUUUUGCGCACUGAAUACACUGAAAAAGAGCAAUGGCGGACGCGGAAAAUGAGUUUUGCGUGUGAUUCGAGGCCCCAAACUCGCGAAAUCAAAGCGUCAUCGUUGCGGUGCGUCGGGGUGUAUUAGCCCCCGACGAUGGGACGGCGACUUUGAAUGGUCGAGUCUUUGUGCUGACGACGAUCAACCGACGACGUUGUUAUAGAAGAACGGUUUAAAUGAUGCCCCCGUCGCCGGACAACGACGGCCCUCCGAAGGCCCCCGAUAAGGACGACGACAAGCGGGGGCCCAACUCUUCGGAUAACAAUCGUAAACCGGCUGACGACCCCAAUAAGCAAGAAACCGAUUUUUACAAUUUAAACGAAAAAGAUUUAAAACACCUGUUGGAUGAGGCGAUAAGUUACAAGUCCCCGAAAGAUCGUGAGGGGAAAAGCGAGCUUUUCAACAAUCUCUUAACUGACGCUGAGAAUGAAUUAAGAAACGCUCGCGCGACUAGCGCAAGUGGCCCCGAAACUGUGCGCCACUACAACAAACGCGCCACGAAACGCCAUGGAAAAGGUGGGAGAAAAGCAAAUUCCAUCUCUGAGAACUUAACCCACAGUGGGAGCUUAAAUAAUCUCACUAAAGAAGAUUUAUUCGAGGAAACCGUAAGGCAACGAUUAAAGAAAACAGUUAGUUCUCGCCAAACAGAAGGAGGGAGUUUACCUUGUAACGUCAACGUAGGAGCUUUCGAUCAAUACCUCGAUGAUUUUCGCCCAAUGCGAGAAUUAACUGAAGUGAAAUUGAUCCCUGAUGAGAGAAAAAAGAAUGAAAGUGAUGUAAUUGAGUCGUUUACGGCGGCUUUAAAGACGAAAAAGUCCCAAAAAAUAAGCAAUGUUGAUGAUCGAAUCCCAAUUUUGGAUAAUUUACCCACUGUUGAUGUGGUUGAAUACAAAAAAUCGUCUGAGACAACAAUCAGUAAUAGUUUUCUACCUGUUAAUCUCUCUGCGAGUUUGGCAGCUUAUAAUGGGCGUGUACACAGAGAGGAAAAGGACGAGACGCGUCCGACGACCGUUGUUAACUUUCCUAGUAACAUUUUGCCGUUGAUUUGUACGCAGAAAGUGGACGAGAAUUGUAACGCCGUCACCCAACAGCAACAACACCAACAGCAGCAGCACCAACAACCCAACGAUGGCCGAAAAAAGACCAAAAAGCGACCGAUGGAGAAGAAUGUUACCGUCUUAGAAUCCUCAAAAGUUACCGGCCACCGUUCGGAUAUAAUCGAUGAUGUGGAUAAAUUGAUCGAUUUUAUAGCAGGAAACGACGUUCGCAAAGAAAAAGCGAACAAACAGAAUGUCCCGAACAAGAAGAACCUUCAAAAGCACCACUUGGCUUCGUUCGAUGACGCAAAAGCGACAAAGAAACAACGCGCUCGCACAUCCAAACCAAAAACGGGCUCGAAUUUGCAAAAAAGCAAUUCACUGGAAGAGAUUUCAACAACAAAAAUCGAAGAUUUCUCGUUCGAAAACGACGUGGUGGUUUUGAGACAACCAAAAGGAGAUCGCCCCAGAGAGCGUCGAUCUUGGGGAAAUUCAGAACCCGUUCAAGUUCAAACGUUGUAUACAAACGCUUCGGCCGAGAAUUUAGAAACUGCCGAUUUCCGGGUGGUGACUAAAAAGAAAAAGAGUAAAAAGCAACGUAGAAAUUCGUUGAGUAGUCGUAAAACGUAUCGCGAGGAAACGUCGAACGAAUUGACUCGGGUCCCAAGUCCCGAGCCGAGAAGGAAAUCGGCCAUUUCCGUGCCGCAUAGUGAAAAAUCGAACGAUUCCUCGGACGCGGAUUCGGUACAUUCGCUCCCCGUGGACGCCACAACGAAUUUAUCGCGGGAAAUUCACGACGAUGACUCUAAUUUUCCCAUUUCUUACGCCGAUAUCGCUAAAAACGCCAAUAAUUUCGUUUUAUGUGCCCCAAGCGGUGGGAAUAGUGUUAAUAAUAUUAAUAUUAAUAAUAAUAACGGUGUUAGUAAUAAGAGUAUUAAAAAAGAGAAACAAAAUUCAACGGAAAUCGUUGAUUCCGAUAAAAUUAAGGUUAAAAAAGAGGAGGAAAAUCGAUGUUUUAAAAAGGAAACUCGAAAAGAUGUCGUCGUGGUGGAAGAAAAAGUUGUAACUAAUUUAAAUUCGGUUAAUUAUAGCCAAAACUUUCCUUCGAUCGUUUCGAAAAUUGAAGUGGGUAAAAUCAAGGCGAAUCCGAUUGCGGAAAUCCAAACGUGGCCGGCCAUCCCAAACAACGGAAACGGCAAUAAAAACAAUUUAAACGUUAAAAAUUCGAUUUCGAAACAAAAAAACAUUCAAAAUCAUUAUAAAAAUACUAAAAACACUAAAAUCAUCGAGAAAAACUCUAAUUCGGAGAAUAAUUCUUUUGUGUACACCACCGGUUACGUGCCGAUUAAUAUCCAAGAUGUGCGUUCGCUUGAGAAACAAUUUAAAAGUACCGCGAAGUUGUAUGUGGACGCGAAUCAACCCAACGUUUCAGUUCAACAACAACAACAAAAAGUGCAACAAACUGUUUCUGUACAGUGUGAGUUACAAAAAAGAGAUGACACGUCAGCUUCUGUAAGGACUAUUAUUGAUGGGCGAAACCCAAAUAGUAACAAUAAUAAUCAUCAUAAUAAUCGACCAGCUGUGGUUAUGUUGAGUGGAGCUACCGAGGAUGUUUCUGGGAUUACGUUCGGAUUCGACUUCGAGCAGCUCCUCUCGAACGACGUUUGCGCCGAUUUUAUGGCACGGUACGUGCCCCCAAGAUGUAAUGAUGUCGGGAAAAGUUUUAAUUUGGAUAAAAUUGUUAAUUUUAUUGGAAUAGCUUGGGAGGAUGUCGUCAAAGAGACGAACGGAAAGGUUCAAUAUUACACAGAGAGCUUAUAAUUGGAACUAAAAAACCUUGUGAUCACACGGCGGCUCAUCCGUGGAAAGUGAAGAGGAUGGAUGUGCCGUUGGCUAGUCAAAGAGUCGUUCGCUUUCCUUUUUUUGUUUAGAAGAUUUGGGAACAAGACACGAAAAGUUAUAUUAACUAUAUAAAAAGAGAAAAAAAUGGAGUAAGAAUACUGUGCUUUAGUAGUGUUUUACAAAAUGCUGCAUUUCAGCCCUACGGAAGUGAUUUUUGUGUACGAUGAUGGACUUAGUUGUUGCAGAUUACAUUUUUUUUUGAUUCGAAGAAUAAUUUAAGCCCAAAAAUCGAUUAGUUUUGAAGUUGUUUAAUAAACCCUAUUGAAAGUUGCAUUUAAAUUAUUUUAAUCUGCAUAAAAAGUGAGGGAAGAGUAAAAAGCACAGCACAGAGCCGUUUUUUAAUUAUUUUUAAUUUGCUUUUGCGAAUUUUGUCGUGUAAAUUAAAAAAAAAUCGUAAUAUACCGUCGAUAUUUUCGUGUAUACUCUAGAAAUAAUAAUUAAUAAAAAAUAUAUACAAAAAAAUGAUAAAAUAAAACAUAAAGCAUACAAAGAUAUGCGUAACUAUAAAUAUUAGAGGUUAAGUAGAUUAUUAUUAUUCCUUUUUUCUUGUUUCAUUGAUUAAAAAAACAAUAAUCGUGCAAUAACCACACAAAAUUCUUAAUUCGUCUAGAAAGAAUCAAAAAAAAAAAUAUGGUAAUUUUUUUUUUAUUAAUAUUUUAAUGUGGUACCACUUCAUUGUAAUCAAACUUCAAACUUAAUGUAUGAAUUGUCAAUGUCAAAAUUGUCAGUGUCGAAAUCAACUACAAUCGUAAUAAUUUUUAUGUUUAUUUUGAGUUAUAAAAGCGAUGUGAUGAAAAUAAUUUGAUGCUAAAAGAAUGUACUUUAUUUUGGGUUUGUUUUGUGAAUUUUCUUUUGGUGAAGUUAACCAAAAUUAUCGACCUGUAUCUAAGUGUAACAUAAACUGGAAAAGAUUAAUUAGUUCUGCAAUCAUUUAGAAUUUUUUUAUUAUUUUGUAGCAAUACAAUCGGAGGAAAAGAUAAAGGUAAAUCAAAUCGAAAAUUUUUUGAAAAAAAAAAUGAAUAAAUAAAUAAAUAAAGGCAGUAAGUAGCAUCUUUAUUAAAAAAAAAAACAACUAAAACUACUAUUUACUACUACUAUAAAAUGUACAGUGUUAAUUUUCAUAUUUGUAUCGAUAUAAUUAUAAAAAAUAUAUAUGCAUAAUAUAUAUUUUUAAGAUCUCUAGAGAAAAAAAAAGAUUCAUUAACAUUUUUUCGUUUAAUUUAUUCGCAGAUGAGUUCUUCUCUUUCAAUUUAACGUUAAAGGAGCGUAAUUUUACUUGUAAAAGGAAAAAAGAAGCCUUUUUUGUCUCUAAAAUAAAACGUUUAUGCUAAGUAUCUUUUCGAAAUUGUUACUUAAAGGAGUAAAUUCUAAAAAAAGGAGAUUGUUUUGUUUUAUAUUUAUAAAAUAAUAAAGAAAAGUAUAAAAUGA